UUAAUCUCUCUGCCUCCAUUUCUCUAUCUCUAAAAUGCAUGAUGGAGUUGUGAGAAUUGAUUUAGGAUUUAUAAAGCGCUACGUAAAAGGUAAGUGUUCUCGAUUCCUGACUCUAACUCAUAGAACCUCUGUCCUCCCUCUGUAGCACGAACAUCACUGCAUUGGCCAAUUAAUACCAGAACCCCGCAGGUUCACCUGCACAGGGUUGGUAGAUGACACUUUUCAUAUUCAUUUCAUGUUCAGCUGCGCUGGCAAGCAGGGGGUUAAUUUCCCAGUGCAAACUUCACCUCACAGAUACUGUUCCAGGCUGCUUGUGAAAUGCAGGUUUGCUUUCUGGAAUUGCUGCCCUGGUUUUUUUAUCAGCUCUAAGUCUGAGCUGUCCACCCCCAGAAUCAACUUCCUGAGCACAUGACCCAUUUUAAAGGCCAUCGUGCAGGUCUGCGGAGCUCCUUGCCAUAGCUUGGAGGUUUCAGUGGUGAGAUGGUUGACGAGCAAGUGCAGAAGUGUAUGGAAGAGCCAGGACUAGAGUGCACUGAGGCAAAUAUCGCCCAGCAUAAAGGAGCAUCAAAUGGUCCCGGCUAAAGUGGGUACGACUCCUUCGACUUCUGCACCGUGGCAUUGGCCAGUGACAUCCACGGUGGGCUCUGUGUCUGUGGAACAGUGCAGCUGUUGAAUCCCUGCCCUGCAGCAAUGCAAGUUGUCAUCCUGAUGAGAAGCUGGGACGGGACGUUCUGAACGUGAGGCUCCUUCACAACAGGGAGAGAAAGCGACCAUUGGAGCUGGAGGACAGAGGUGUUUCUGGGAGAAGACAGACCAAGAUGGACUAGGAAUAACUGCAAGGCUUCAGCAGAAGCUGAUGACAAGGAGUAAUGUGUGCUGUUGAGAGAGAUCCUCUGUCUCAUGUUGGACUGGGAUGUUCCCUAGUGCUGCAGCAGAUUAAUAACCCUUUAUACUGCAUAGUCUGUUUACAAGGCAGAAGCUUUUCCUGCCUUUGCCAUAGGCAGCAGUGAAGUAGCCAGGCAGGAAUGCCUCCAGGGCUACCCAAAUGUAAGGGUGGCUUUUGCUCUGUGGAUGAAGAGCUGCACUGACAGACAUGAACUCUUUUCAGCUGGGCCACCAAGCAGCCAAAGCAUGGAAUAUACCAUUCAGCUGCCACUACCCUGGGCUGGAUUUGGACUAGUUUCCUGGAGGCGAAAGGUCACUGCUGAUCUCCUGAGACAUCGAAGGUGACAUGGAUUGAGACUGACAUAUCCUCUGACUUCUAAGGUGGGCCUUCCAGAACAGAGCUGAGGACCAGCGGUGGGGUGACAUGGAGGAAGCGUGCCCUGCAGCUGCACAUGCUCUACUUGUUCUGUAGAUACAUAAAAGGGGUUCUGGGCUCCUGGUCUGUCACAUGGCACUGUUCACUCCUGUGUAGAGGGCCAGUAGCACUUAUAGGCCCCCACCAUGAUCAGGUUCUCACUGUGCAAGGUGCUGUAUGUACAUGAGACCAUUCCUAAGCCCUCAGUUGAUGGAACAGGAGUGGUGCAUAACCCUUGUGCUAGCCUGUUGUACAGGGGUGAAUUUUACCCUUAAAAGUUUGACCCGUAUAGCUAAGCCAGAUCUGUUUGGAAACACUCCAGAAGGAGGCCAUGAUAUGCUGAUGUAACCAUUCUAAAUGAAGGGGAAGGAGGAAAUGCAAACAAAUCCAUGUGAAUGCAAGUGUUUGUUUUAUGAACUAAAAGCUGGACUUGGGAAUGCGACCACAUACUGUGCAUUAUACAUGGAGCAACCAUGCAAUGCUCCAAGCCAAAUACACUAGCAGCUGGGGAUGAAAAAAAUAGAGCAAAUAUAGAAACCUUGCUCCUUUAACAAAGGAAAUGUGAAAGUGUCUUGUCCAAGGUGUUACAGGGAGCCUUUGGAAGAGCCAGGAAUAAAACUCAGGAGUCUUGAAGUCUCGCUGCCUCCCAGAAGGGAAUCUUGAGAGCUGGCAGCAGGAUGUGAAAGCAAAGAGCUAGUGGCAGGUUGUGGGGAAGGUCCAAGUCCAUUGAGGGCUGCGUGUAAGAAGCCAUUAAGACACAUACUAAGAGCAACAACUUUCAGAAGUCCACUAAAGGACCCAGACGUGACUGUGACUUUCUCGGGGAUACUCAGUGCUCACUGGGUUAAGAUUAUUCUGUGUAGAAGUGGGUCCAGAAUCAGAACCCUCCAGCCGAAGUUUGCUACUGUUUGGAAUCUGAGCCCAAUCCAUAUUUCGCAGAUAACCCUGUAACUUUCUAGAGUGGGCCAAAGCAGCAAGCCUCCAACUCUUCCAAAUGUGGUGGGUGUUUGGGUUCUGGAUUCACCUUUUGCAAACUUAUACCUGAAUGAUCUUUUCUUUGGAAGGAUGGCCCAGUGGUUAGGGGACUAGCCUGGGACUCAGAAGACCUGGAUUCAAGUCCCUGCUCCGCCACAGACUGAGACCUUUGGACAUGUCAGAGAGGCAGACAUGGAUCAAAUGGAAGGACUUUCUGCAGACAGCAGCAAGGGCUUUUUCUCAUCUGCAGAGGAGAAGUGUGGGAGAUAUAAAUCCAUUGUGGGAUUUUUAUGCAUUUUAUACAUUUUCCCUCUGGUGGCUUUGCUGGCUACUCUGGAAGAUCCAGUAGGAGCUGCAGCUCAGAAACCUCAGGAAGACGCUGUAUUGCCUGGCCUUCGGGGGGUGAUUGCCCCUGCCCUCCCACACCUACCCCAUACACGGAGAAAACGAUACACGCUCACACCAGGGCAGCUGAAAUGGGACCACUUCAACCUGACAUACAGAAUCGUGUCCUUCCCGAGAAACCUCAUUAAUGAGAGUGUCACCCGGAAGGGGUUGGCAGCUGCUUUCCGAAUGUGGAGCAACGUUUCACCAUUCAACUUCAAGGAGGUGCCACCCAACUCGGCUAGUGACCUGAAAAUAGGCUUCUACUCCAUAAACCAUACUGAUUGCCUCGAGUCACUCAUCCAUCAUUGUUUUGAUGGGACAACAGGGGAGCUUGCCCAUGCUUUCUUCCCAAAAAAUGGGGAAAUCCAUUUUGAUGACCAUGAAUAUUGGAUAUUGGGAAAUACGCGGUUCAGCUGGAAAAAGGGUGUUUGGCUUACAGACCUGGUACACGUAGCAGCUCAUGAAAUUGGACAUGCCCUGGGACUCAUGCACUCCCUGAACUCUAAUGCCUUGAUGCACAUCAAUGCCACUUUAACUGGGAAAAAGACCAUCUCCCAGGAUGACAUCUGGGGGAUUCACAGGCUCUAUGGCUGCACAGACAGACUAUUUGUAUGUCCAUUGUGGGCUCGGAAAGGUUUCUGUGAGACUCGUAGGAAGUGGAUGAAAAAGCACUGUCCGUCCAGCUGUGACUUCUGCUACGAAUUCCCUUUUCCAACUGUAGCGCCAACUCCUCCUCCACUCAGGAUGAAAACCAAGAUCGUUCCUGAAGGCAGAAAUGUCACCUUUCGCUGUGGACAGAAGAUUAUUCAUAAAAAAGGCAAAGUUUACUGGUAUAAAGAUAAAGAGCUUCUGGAAUAUUCAUAUCCUGGUUACUUAGCCUUAAAUGAUGACCACAUGAGCAUUAUUGCCAAUGCAAUUAAUGAAGGAACCUAUACCUGCAUUGUGAAGAAAAGGCAAAGAAUCCUGACUACCUAUUCCUGGAGGAUUAGGGUUAGGCACUAACAAGGGUCUUUUAAUGAAGACUUCAGUUACUGCUAGUUAAGUUUGACAAAAACCCAACCUCUUCAGCAUUUUAUGUUUAACCUCCAGCAGAGCAGCCACCAUAGAAAUCAGUUGCUACCAGUGGUUGGGCAAGAAACUUGGACACUGGGACCUGAUCAUUGGAAAAAUUCUCCUCCCAGAAUUUACUAUUAACAAAUUUAUCAAGCACAUGCUGCUGCAAGAGAGAAAAAUCUUGAAGCCAAGAUGACCCAGGUAAUUGUGGAUCAUUUAAAAACUAACCAAUCCUUCACUGGAUUAAUGAAACCUGGAUUUAGAUUUAAAAAAGGACUGGUUAAUGUUCCAGGGUUUGUCUUGCUGUCAAGCAUUUCAGGAAGUUAUUUAAAUACAAAUAUAUAGCAUUAGAGGGGCUUGAAACAAAAGACUGAUGCCUAGCUGUAUUCUCCAUGGAUGCUGUUAUUCAAGCACUGAAGGAGUAAAAGAGGGGGGAGGAAGAAGAGCCUAACUCUAGAAUGAGCUUUUUCUACAAACUCAUUUUUAUAGGGGAAAUUUCUGAUUCCAAAUGUUAUAUAACUAAAAUAGCCAGGGAAUGCAUCUUUUCCCCUAUACAUUUUUCUGUGGUUUGCAUUUAUCACAAUUUGUUGUUUACCUCUGUAGCCUCCAAGCCUUUAUCAGAUGUCAUUGUUAGUUACCAAUAAAUCACUAAAAUAAUUAUGGAAAUGCUUUUGUUUCUUGAAUUAAGUAAACAUCUGAUGAGUAAUGGGACAACCUGUCCCCCUGACAGCAACAGGGCUUUGCUGUUUCUAGACAAAAAUGAUUUAAUGCUUACAUCAUUGCAAAGUAAACAGUAGUUGAGCUGAAUUUAAUUACAUAUUGAACACCUAUAUUUAUUUACAGAAAUAGGUUAACUAGAAGACAGAGCCUUAGCUCCACUGCAAAUAGAGCUAUGUCAAAUUUAAACUGGCUAAGUUGCUUUACCCCAGUCAAGGCUGUGGGCCCUGUUCAUCUUUGUACCACAUUCCUUCCCCCACCGCACUUCCAUUGUACAGCUGGCUUAGAAUGCAAACUACCUUCUUUCAGAAGGCUUUUCCCUCUCCCCAGUCUAUUAGCUCAGGGAGUCAGCUGCCAAAUGACUGGUGGGUCCCUGCUAUCAUCCUGGGCAGUUUCCCAUUGGCCAUACAUUUCCAAGACUCAUUCUCUGCCCUCAUUAUUUUCCCUGCCCUUAUUAUUUGGCAACUGCAAACAUCAUUCACAUUUAACUGAGCAGGAGUUGCACCCCUUUCCUGUAGGUAACAAAGAUUGUAAAUAAACCCACACCUCACUCUAAUCCCUGGCUCUGAUGCAUUUUUCUUGCCAUAAACUCUAAAGAACAAGGGGAGAGCUGAA